CUGAAUCACUUUCUCUGGAGUUAUGGAAGAUGAAAUUAGUUCGUUUUUCGAAUCAUCCCCACCUCUGAAGAACAUGAAGGAGAUUACAGAGAAGCUUAAUCAAGGGUUUUCAGGAGGAAGGAGGAUUGUAUGUGUGACUUCAGGUGGAACAACGGUUCCAUUGGAGAAACGAUGUGUUAGGUAUAUCGAUAACUUCAGCUCAGGAAAUAGAGGUGCUGCUUCUACUGAGAAUUUUGUGAAGGCUGGAUAUGCUGUGAUAUUUCUGUAUAGGAGGGGAACUUGCCAACCGUAUUGCCGGUCUCUUCCCGAUGAUCCAUUCCUUGAAUGUUUUGAGUUUCCAGAUAACACUAACAUUCAAGUUCAUAAAUCACAUUUGGAAGCUGUGGAAAUGGCUGUUAUGGAUCAGCAAGCAGCAGUAGCAGAAGGUCGCUUACUAAAACUCCCAUUCUCAACCAUAUAUGAGUAUCUUCAGAUGCUGCGGUUGAUUGCAACGGCACUGAAAGAUGUCGGUCCAUGUUCAAUGUUUUAUCUUGCUGCUGCUGUAUCUGACUUUUAUGUGCCAUGGGAGAGCAUGACAGAGCACAAAAUAGAAUCAGGAUCUGGUCCUUUAGACAUAAGACUAGCUCAAGUCCCUAAAAUGCUAUCAAUCUUGAGAUCCAAUUGGGCUCCAAAGGCUUUCUGCAUAUCAUUCAAGCUUGAGACAGACUCAAAGAUUCUGAUAGAGAAGGCUACAAAGGCUCUAAGAAAAUACAAAGUUCACGCAGUUGUAGCCAAUGAGCUAUCAACGCGUAAGGAAGAGGUUGUGGUUGUUUCAAGCAGUGGUAAUGUUGUGGUUAGACGCGAAUGCGAUAAGCCUGAAUCUAUUGUUGAAGAUAAUCUCAUUCGUCUCAUCUCCUUACGUACAUUUGGUGAUGUUCCUAGUGGAAACACGAGACGGCGAAGAGGACGGUGUCGUUUCCAGCAGUCCAAGACGAUCCGUCCCAAAUCUCCGGCGAUCGGACGUUCGAAACGUACCGGAGGAGUCGCCGGGAAGUCGCAUGUAAUAACCGGCGUUAGAAGGAGAGUGAUGAUCGCUUAGCAAAACCGACGAAAAGCUUCCUUCUCUUUUAUAUAUAACAAUGGCUUUGUACAAAAAUGGAAUCAAACCUUCCAUUUCUUUUAAUCUCUGAAAUCCUUGAGAAACUUUUUAUUUCUUCUUUUUGAUGAGAUUCUUUAUGGUUUUGUGAUUUGAUCAACGCGAGAGAGGGCUUUGGUGUAUAAUAUAAGAGGGAAGAGGGU